CAAAACUACACUACUCUCCUCUACUCGACCGAUCAACGCUUGGGGCCCCCACUAAAAAAUCUCUUUGUCUUUACUAAUGAAAGCGAGCACUUGGCACUUAUCCAUAGAAUCUCCAAAUCUCAUGGCUUCAAUUACGCAUCGUGACCCGUGAAUCCCACACACACACACACUCUGUGUUUAUUUCCCUUUUGCAGAUAAUCAAUGGCACGCGAGGUGCACCCACCGGUAACCAACAAAAUGUAGAUCUCCAACAGCCAGUUGUCAUGGUCCGAAAGAGCCGUUGAAAAGGAGCUUAAACAAAUAUACACGUCGUGGGCACGGAGGAUUGAAAUGGCCCAGUCUAUUAAACUAGACAAAAAACGGGCAUUUAAUGGAACACAUUUUUCUUGUACUCCUCCAUCACUUCAAACCUCUCAAACAAAUCCAUUAGGUGAGAGCCGAUGAUCUAACUCAGAAAAUCGAGUCCUUCAGAUCCAUACAUAGAUAAAACUUGUUUUCAGCGACCCACUAAGCAGAUCGUAAUAUUCUCUUCUCCGAGCGGUUCAACUCCAUGGCUUCACUCCGCCUAGCAACAUUGGGAAUGAUGGUUUUAUUUGGAUCAUGCCGCGCAGGCGCAACGGUUUUCACACUGGUUAACAAAUGCUCUUACACGGUUUGGCCCGGGACAUUGUCCGGCAGCGGGAGCUCCGUUCUGGGAGAGGGCGGGUUCACCCUGGCACCGGGUCAGUCCGUUCCGCUCACUGCUUCGUCUGGUUGGUCUGGUCGUUUCUGGGGCCGAACGGACUGUAGUUUCGACGCCUCGGGUAAAGGCUCCUGCAUAACGGGUGACUGUGGAAACGUCCUGAACUGCGCUCAGGCCGGCGGCGCACCGCCGGUUUCUCUGGCGGAGUUCACAUUGGGCGAUAAGGAUUUCUAUGACGUUAGUCUUGUGGACGGUUAUAAUGUUCCGCUCUCCAUCGCCGCCGUCGGAGGGACCGGUGACUGCCGAACGGCCGGGUGUGUUAGCGAUCUGAGGACCAGCUGCCCGGCCGAGCUUAGUGUUACCAGUAAUGGACAGGUUAUUGCCUGUAAGAGCGCCUGUGCUGCUUUCAGUACCCCUGAGUAUUGUUGUACUGGUGAUCAUGGGAGCCCCCAAACUUGUUCGCCCAGUAAGUACUCGCAGGUGUUUAAGAGUGCUUGCCCUACAGCUUAUAGCUAUGCUUAUGAUGAUGCUACCAGUACUUUCACUUGUAGUAAUGCCGAUUACACCAUCACUUUCUGCCCCUCCAGUUGAUUCUACAGAUAUUUGCUUGACAACCCGUCUUUGGAUUCCCUGUAAAUAUUUUUCAGGGCCAAUGGCACCCAUUAAUUUAUUUGUAUAGUACGGUGUUUUGUCUGUUAAGUUUAGUUGGGUGUGGAUCUCGGGGCUGGGCUUGGUGGGCAUUUCAUUCAAAUGAUUAAUAAUUUUGGGAUAGAUCGAGAUCCCUGAGGAAUCCAUAGCUGUUUUGUGCAUUUUAUUUAUUUGAUUUUAGAUAAACCACUGUGUGCAAUUUGAGCGAGAUUCAGAGCUUCCGUUUGAUUUUAUUUUUAUUUAAAAUAAAACAGUGUAUUAUUUGAUGGUCGCGUCCGUUGGUCUGGUGCUAUUAGAACACUCCAUUUGGAAAAAGUUGAGUACCACACAGAGUACUAUGUAUGUAAUUUGUUUUAUGCCUGGUUACUACUGUUUGCAUAUGUAUGGUCGGUGUUAAGUUUUUCUCAUAUAAAAGACUUGCCAAUACAACUUGUCUGUUUUUAUUA